AUGGCAGUUGCUGUCCAGGCACCAUUGCAUUCGAAGUUCGGCAUGUGGAAUUUGGGCGACGCCAGCAACACAUUACCAUUCUCGGGGCCAGAAGAAGUUCAGACUUCAAUGUCAUUCCAGUAUCCACUCCCGUCGGAGUCUUCCUCGAAUCUGAUCCCGGGGUAUCACCACCCUUCUCUGAACCACGUACAACCACCAUCGCCUGCCCAGGUCAAAUCGCCAGGUAUCAACGGUCGAGAAGUUGCGCCAGCUUUCGAGUCAGCAAAAGUAAAAAGAUCCAUGUCGACUCCAAAUAUCCAAGGUCAGGCAUCGGCGGAUGCAGCUGCACUUGCAUUGUCUGCGGAGAAGAGGAGAAAUAAACUUGGCUACCACAGGACUUCUGUGGCUUGCGGUAAGGAUUCGAUAGAGAGCUCAUGGAAUGGCUCCCCUCCAGGAGGGCCAUGGCUGACAUCGGUUGUAGGUCAUUGCCGGCGAAGGAAAAUCCGGUGCAUUGCCGCCCCUGGUGAUGCGCAUAGUCGAUGCUCGAAUUGCAUCAGAUUGAAGAAGGAUUGCCAGUUCUUUGCAGUUGACGCGCAGCCGCCGGUCCUUGAAUCUCAGCGUAGAGCUUCGAGAACGCAAAGUGGGGCAGAGAGAGCUUCCGAAGAACCUUCCUCUCCAUCGACUUCCACUGGCCAAGUACUUGAGAUACCACAGACUCUGCCGUAUCUCCAUCUAGGCAUGCCUCCCAUCCAGGAUCUUGGAGGUCCUCAGAUGAAACGCCAGAGGACGGAAAGCUUUUCCCCAGAGUCGACGGGCAAGGGAUUUCUUCCUCCGUCCCUGAUCAACCCUGUUGUGGUGACCACUUCGCGAAAUUUGGAAUAUACACAACCGUCAGACCAUGGUACUACGAACUGGAUGGCCACUGAGUUAUCACCAAGCACUACAGAUCCGAAGAUGGAGACGUCCCAAUCGUACUGGAGAAUCAACACCCACGCAUCGCCCAUAACACCUGCAUUCUCACCCUUCACUCCGAACCUCCAGAUUCCGCCUUGGACACCACAUGCUGAGGCCAGUCCGCGAGAAGAUAAUUGGUCGGCUCCCCAGCGAUCCAUCUCGUAUGGCAACCUCGAAGGCCUCCACACCUUACAUCAAAGCACCCAGUAUGCAGCGUACACGCAACCACCCCCGAGCAACGAUCACUAUACGACUAAGCCUCGUGUGCUCCAGUCUUCUCCAAUGUAUCCGCCGCUGAUGCAGACAUCGUCGAGUAUGGUGGCUUCUCAUGAACCUCUCUCUGCAACGCCGAGUGAGCCCCAUCAGCAUCCUCACUCUGCGCAACCUCUUCCACCAUCAUCGUUCCCGAACUGGCAGCAGCAAUUUUAUUCCUAUCAGAAGUCAGCCAGUGCUGGACCGGACCACUAUCCCGGUUGGAACGGACCGCCUGCUGGACCACCACACGAAGGAGGGAAUGCACCACUGCCACCUAAUUAUGGCUACGAAGACCCAUCGCAUGGGGUAUUUUACCAAUCACAACAUCCCGGGCGUUGA